UCUGCUUUUAUUUACUUUGUUGUGGCGUAAAAUCGCGCAUUUACGCAAUUUGUUUAUUACAGCUCGAGACGUAUGUGCAUUAGCUGUCGAUAAAAUAAGCAUGUGCAGCUUUUUGUGGCCGCUUACGUCGGCACCGCCGGUACAAACCUUCGAAAUAAGAGCACAAUGUUUUGCGCGCUUUUUACCACUACGAAAACAGUUAGCUUCUGCUUCGUGAAUGAUCCGCUGUGGUUAAACACCCGUGGGCCUUGCUCUCCUGUUUGGAGGCUUCUGCUACACCCAAAGUGCAGAUAAGUCUGCGAAGAGACCUAAACGGCGAGCAGGAGAGAGAAAUCUACAAACCGAGAGCAAAGAGGAGGCGAAGCUGUGACUCUUCAGCAGCUCUGACACACUACUCACACAGCAGUGAUGGCGCAUGUCUUCAACCAUGGGAAGCUGCUCCUGCAGCGCCUGCACCAGCAGCGGGAGAUGGACUUUCUGUGUGACAUCACCAUAAUGGUGAAGGACGUGGAGUUCAGGGCUCACCGUAACAUCCUCGCUGCGUUCAGUGAGUAUUUCUCCUCCCAUGCUGAAAAGGGGGAAGAGAUCACGACUUUGGACCCCGACAAGGUCAGCCGGUACUCGCUGGAGAAGCUCCUGGAGUUCGUCUACACGGGACACAUGAACCUCAGCAGCACCCGACAAGCGGCCGUACGGCGAGCUGCCAUCUUCUUAGGAAUGGCCGAGGCCACGAAAUAUCUGGAGGAGUUCCCUCACUGGUCUGAGCUCGGCGAAACGUCACAGUCGGAGGCAGAUAAAGAGACGGGUCUCUCGCCUCCCAGCCCCGCCUCCCCAAGCAGCCCCAACUCCCCAGUCCCACUAUCCAUAGUCUCUGUUGCGGGGGAAUGGCAGGAGGAAGGUAAGGGCAGCAGAGAGCAGGAUGAUGAGGGCAGAGAUAUGUUUGUGGAAGACGAUGAAGAAUACACCCCAAGCACGCCAAGGAGCACCGGGAGAGUAGGGGGCAGGAAGAGAGGUAGAAAGCCUAAAAGUUUUGGCGACGAGCAGAUGGAGGCGAGCAGCUCGGCUGACGGCAUGCCCAAAAUCUACAGCUACAGAGGGAGAGGACGAGGGAGAGGCAGGGGCAGGGGCAGGGGGAGAGGAAGAGGAAGAGGGAGCUUAAAAAGUCAAGAACUCUAUUUGGAUGACUCUGAUACGAGCGUGAAGGACUUUGGAGACACCUCAGCAGACUGGAGCCCCUCACAGGGGGAAGAAGAUGAGGAGGAGCCUGGGAUGAAGAGGCCGAGGCUGAGCACCGGAGAGGGGAGGAGAGGGCGAGGCCGCGGGAGAGGGAGAGGCCGCGGGAGAGGCAGGGGCCGAAACAGGGGACAGACCGAUGAGGAGGAGGAGGAGGAGGAGGAGGCGGGGGAUGACAGCAUUGGCGGAGGCACAGAGGAGGAGGAGGCGGGGGAGGGAGUGGAAGAGGGAGAGAUCGGGGAGAUGGAUGCGCUGGCUCUGGGCGAGAUGUCGCUGUCGUGCACCGAGUGCAACAAACUGUUUAAAGACGUGAGCAGCCUGCGCCGCCACGAGAAGAUCCACAAGGGGCUGAAGCCGUUCGCCUGCAUCUUCUGCUCCAAAACCUUCAGGCAGGCCACGCAGCUGAAAACACACCUGCGCAUACACACAGGCGAGAAGCCGUUCAAUUGUGCCGAUUGUGACAAGUGUUUCGCUCAGAAGUGCCAGCUGGUCGCUCACCGCCGAAUGCACCACGGCGAGGAGAAGCCGUACACCUGUGAGCGCUGCGGCUUCAAGUUUGCUACCUCGUCCAAUUAUAAAAUACACAUCAGACUGCACAGCGGGGAGAAACCGUACGUCUGUGACAUCUGCGGCCAGGCGUUCGCUCAGUCCAGCACGCUGACGUACCACAAGCGACGACACACUGGGGAGAAACCGUACCAGUGCGACCUGUGUGGCAUGUCCUUCUCUGUGUCUUCCUCUCUCAUUGCCCACACACGUAAACACACUGGCGAGACUCCGUACAAAUGUUCGCAGCCUAAAUGCGACGCCAAAUUUGUCACAUCAUCUGAACUGAAGAAACACAUGCGGCGACUUCACCCAGAGGGGAACAGCGGCGUGCAGUGCCUGCUCUGUGGAAACAGAUUUGCCAGCGUGAAGAACAUGAUCAAACACCAGGACAAAGCUCACGCCGACGAAGUGCGGCAACACAAGGAGAGAGCCCGAGCCGUGGUCCUGCUGUCCACCAGCCAUCCCGUGGCCUUCGUCCAGAGCAAGCUCUCCCAGGAGAGCAAAGGUUUGGGCUCCAUCCCCGAGGGCGAGCCGGCCAACCCUGAACCGGCCACUCCCAACCCCAAAGCCACCGACCCCGCCGCGGCUGCCUCCGACGUCGCCACCACUGACUCUGCUGCAACCACCGCCAGCGUGACCGCUGACAGCGUCACGGACGCCGCCGCCAUCAUCCAGGACUUCAAGGCGGAGCCCACGCACACCCCUCUCACCACCACAGAGCAGGUGACCUUCGACGCCGAUCAGGAGCAGACCAUCAACUCGGACACGCUGCACGCGCUGGUGGAGCAGCUGCGGCCGCCGCCUUCGCCCGCACAGACGCUGGAGCAGAUUGUCAUCAUCAAGACGGUGGACAACAUGGACAACAUGCCCCCCCAGCAGUGAGGCCUGAGUAACACUGAUCAGAACUAAACUUCAGUUUUAAACAGUCACUCGCUGAUUGGCAUAAAGUCAGUGCUCAUGUUCAGGAUAAAAAAAUCAACAUUUGUAAAGAUAAUCUACAAUACAAAGACAAUUUGGUCCAACUCGGGCUUUAUUUUCAUAGUUUUGACCAUCAUUUCAACCUGUGGUACAAACAGGAAAUGCGAGCAGUCGAGUUAGAAACUAACAUCAAGGUUAGACAAAAUAUUUUGGACGACGGACGGCAAAAUAUAAUCCAAACUUUGUGUCGCCACAUUCAGUUAAAUCCAGUAGGGCAGACAGUGAUGGGAGCGUUUUCGGACUUUUUAGAUAAAUUAAUCGCAUUAUGUGAUUAUUAUUUGUCAAAAAAAGUCUCAAGCAGAAUCCUCGGAAGUCUUUUUUUGUCUUCCAUACUUCCCAAAACCCAAAGACUUUCAGCUCUCUGUGAGUUAAAAUGGAGAAAAGCACCAAGUUCUGCAUUUCAGAGGCUGAAACUAGAAACAUGUGAUGUGGUUUCCACAAUUUGUACGUGGAAAAACCAGAAUAAUGAUUCGCCGGCGUGCACACAUUUAAUAUUUUGCAAUAAUAAAAAAACUUUCCAGUAUUUUUUUUUUAAAGUUGUGACGUAUGAGAAACAGACGAUCAGAUUCACAGCUCAUGGUCUGUAUUUUGGUUUAUUAUCAAAAUCACUUAGAUUCUAACAUAUUUACAGACGAGUGUUUCCACCAAAUUAACACUGAUGCAAAAAGCAUCAAAUGAAGCUAUAAACCCCCCUCCUCCUCCUCCCAAAACAUAAACCCUUAAAGAAGCAGCGUGGCUUCAGUUGAGUUGGUUUACUGGUCAAAACUAUAAGAAUAAAACCUGACCCAGUCAUCCUUUUAAAAAUGCCCAUAUUUUUAGUAGAAGUGAAAUGAAAUUCAUGAUCCAGCAGGACGAUUUACAGCUCCUCAAGGAGAACACGGGUAAUAUGGCAAACAAAAUGCAGUUUAACCGUGUCAGUGGCCGAUACUGUUGUGUGACGCCAGUCUUGAGCUUGAGGAAAAAAAGGAGUGUGAUGGAGAUCUGAAAGAGGCUAAAAACAGAUCAGUUAUUUUUCUAAUGAAGAUUUUUGUUUCCUUGGCAGAGAGGAGGAAAGAGCGGCAAUAAAAGGCAGAAUCAAAUUAUUAUAACCUGAAGAAUCCCAAUAAGAUUCUCUCUUUGUGUUCAGCAGUGACGUCAUGAUCAGCACUGAUGAUUUCAUGCUGUUGUGCUUAAACCUGUUUCACUUUGAAUGACCUGCUAACUGUUCGUUGGAGUCACAGUUAAACUACAUUCUUCCUGUAAAAUCCACUGUUUGGGUUUACCAGAUGUAACCAGUUUUCUCCCAGCAUUAACCAGCUGUACACAUAAAGAUAACCAGUUUGAUUACUUGUGCUGUCUUUUCAAUCAGCAGAUGUCAGAAUCAGGAGGGAAGGGAGGGGG